UACGAGACACCAAAGCGUGUCCUUUUCGGAGGCAAAAGCGCGACAGAACACAGCCAAACAGUCGGAGAGUUUUAGAGAGAGAUGGGGAAGAAAGCGGUGCUGAUCGGAUGCAACUAUCCGGGAACGAAGGCGGAGCUGAGAGGAUGCAUCAACGACGUCAAGAGGAUGUACAACUGCCUUAUCGAGCGAUUCGGUUUCUCCGAAGACGACAUCACCGUUCUCAUCGACAGCGACGACUCCUACACUCAGCCCACCGGCAAGAACACCCGCCAGGCUCUCGCCGCUCUCAUCCAGUCGGCGGAGCCAGGGGACUUCCUCUUCGUCCACUACAGCGGCCAUGGCACCAGACUUCCGGCCGAGACCGGCGAGGACGACGACACUGGCUACGACGAGUGCAUCGUCCCCUGCGACAUGAAUCUCAUCACUGAUGACGACUUCAGGGGUUUUGUGGACCAAAUUCCGGAAGGAUGCAGGAUAACAAUUGUGUCAGAUUCCUGCCACAGCGGUGGCCUAAUCGACGAAGCCAAAGAACAAAUAGGCGAGAGCACCAAGCGCGAUGACGAUGAAUCUGAAUCCUCUUUUGGAUUCAAGAAGUUCCUGCAUCGAAAAGUUGAAGACGCAAUUGAAUCUCGCGGAAUCCACAUCCCUUCUGCCUUUCGCCACACUCGUCGUGGAAACCAUGAUGACGGCAAUGACGAAGAAGAAGAGGAUGGUAGCAUUAGAGAGACCGAGAUUUAUGGAGAGGAGGGCUCAAUCAGGGUCAAGAGCAGGUCCCUGCCGCUCUCCACUCUCAUAGAAGUGUUGAAACAGAAAACUGGCAAAGAUGACAUUGAUGUUGGGAAGCUAAGGCCCACCCUCUUCGAUGUCUUUGGAGAAGAUGCCAGCCCUAAGGUUAAGAAGUUCAUGAAGGUCAUUCUAAACAAGCUCAAGCACGGUGGCGAUGAUGAUAGAGGCAACAGUGGUGGUGGUGGUGGCAGUUUCUUUGGGAUGGUGGGGAGCCUGGCUCAGGAGUUUCUCAAGCAUAAGCUCGAAGACAACGAUGAAGAAGAGUAUGCAAAGCCAGCAUUGGAGACUCAGGUUGGCAGCAAGCAGGAGGUGUAUGCUGGAUCGAGCAAGCGGGAACUGCCCGAUGGUGGGAUCCUGAUCAGCGGCUGUCAGACUGACCAAACAUCUGCAGAUGCAACUCCAGGAGGGAACACCGACGAGGCUUACGGAGCUCUGAGCAACGCAAUCCAGACCAUCAUUGCUGAAACCGAUGGCAAUGUUUCUAACCACGAGCUUGUCGUUAAGGCAAGGAGAGUGCUCAAGAGCCAAGGCUUCACUCAGCAGCCUGGCCUCUAUUGCAGCGACCAUCAUGUUAAUUCUGGUUUUGUGUGCUGAUGAUCAUAUCAUAUGAUCUUCAAAGUUGUCUUUUGUUUAAGAUUACAGCAAAGACGAAUAAAGAUGGUUUUAUGUAUAUGGGUUUGGAGAUGUGCUUUUGUGCUUUUUGUGGCCUGUAAUCUUUUGGAUUUUGGAGAGUGGAAACUUUGGACAAAAA